AAACUGGAAAACUCCCUCACUCUUUUCCAACUUCCCUUUCUCUCUCUCUCUCUCCUCUUUUUUCCACCACUUUCUCUCUCUUCUUUUUUCUACUCAAUUUCAGCACAUCCGUGGGCAGUUUCACAGAAACUUGAAAUAAAAAUUAUUUUCAAACAAAAAAAAAAACAAAAACAAAAAAAGCUGAAAGUGGAUAAAACUUACACCUGCGCAAUUUAUGGGCUUUCUCAUUAACCCACCAACCAAUUUUUAAGAGAGAGAAAAAUUUUCUUUUAUUUUUUUAUAAAUAUUUUUAUUUACAAAAUAUAUUUUAAAAAAUUAGAGAAAAUAAUGGAAAUGAGUGUUUUUUUCUGUAUUGGGAUCAGGAAAACUAAAUUCUGCAACUGAUAAACUACAGUAGCAACAGCAGCAGCAGAUUCACUAGUAGUAGUAGCAGUUUUUAGGAGUAUUAAGCUCUGAUAAACUCUCUCUCACAUGGGUUUUGCAUGUGGAUUUUGGUGGUCCCAUUUGAUUCUAUAAUCUUCAAUUUUUUUUUUUUUUUGGUUUAUUCAAUUAAAGUUUUCAUCUUUCAAGCAAGUUACCCAUUUCUUUUGGGAUUCUUCAGCUGAGUUUUGGUUGGUCUUAUUGUUGAGAGAUCCAAGUUUUGAUUUUUUGGGAGUUUUAAAUUUCAUCAAUUUCCCAAGUUUUCUUCUUGGAAUAAGGGAAUGCUGAGGAAAAGAUCAAGACAAGUGACAAGUACUCAAGGCAUAAUUUCUGAUCAUAACAAUAAUUCAUGGAUUCCACCUGAAAAAUCCACAAAACCCACUUCAUUUUUCCUCAACUCUCCUAAAUUUCUCAAGAGUUUCUUCUCUUCCUCUUCUUCUUCUUCAUCAUCUUCCUCUUCGCCUUCGCCGUCGCCGGCUUCUACACUUAAUGAUCCAAUAAUGAGCCCAACUUCAAUCCUUGACAAUAAAGCAUUCACUGCUUUAGCAAACUCAUUUUGGGUUGUUGACAACAACAACAAAAACCCAAAAACCAUCUCAGCAAACUCACAACACUCUUGGGAACAACCCAACAACACAAAGGGUAUUGGACUUGCUCUCAUUGAUGAGAACAGUUCUGAAUCCAGCAACACAGCCAACAACACCAGCAACACAACCAACAACAACAACACAACAAAUUCCAAGCAACAGAAAAGAAAAUUAGUUGUGUUUGGUUCACAACUUAGAAUCCAAGUACCUCCCCUGCCUCCAUCCUCUGUUUUCCCCUGUUUUUCCCCUGAAUCACCAAGAGAAUUUGGGAUCAAAACACCCAAAAACAGUUAUUGGCCUUUUGGAAACAAGGAUUCACAAGUUCAUCCUCAGGAAUCCAAUGGAAAUAGUGGUGGGAAUGAUAAUCUUUCAUUGAGUGAUAUGGAAUUAUCUGAGGAUUAUACUUGUGUAAUAUCUCAUGGUCCAAACCCUAAAACUACUCAUAUUUUUGGGAAUUGCAUUGUUCAAAGUUGUUGUGGUGUUGUUGGGUCUUCAUCUUUUUCAUCUAGGAGAAAUGGGUAUUUGUCUAAAUUUGGAAAUUCGAUUUCAUCACCUGAGAAUUUCCUUAGUUUUUGUCACCAUUGCAAGAAAAAGCUUGGUGAAGGGAGUGACAUUUACAUGUACAGAGGAGAAAAGGCUUUUUGCAGUCAAGAAUGCCGCUGCCAAGAAAUGCUUUUUGAUGAAGUGGAGAACUAGAAGUUUGUUCUCAGAGAAUUUCAGCAUCUUCAAACCAGAAUUAGCUACCUAAAAAACCUCCCCAAUUUUUCCUACUAUUUUUGAUUAUAUAAUAACCUAAUUAAAAUCCCUUUUUUUUAAUUUUAAUUUAUCCCUUCUUUACUUAAUGUUGGUUUAGUCUUUAAGAAGUUUUGUCCAACAAUUUGUAUAAGAGAGAGGAGAAUAGGAGAUGCUGAGGUAUUAUAUUAGAUGUGAAAAAAAAAAAAUUUGUAGAGUUGAUUUCUGAUGAAAAUGAUGACCUAAGUUUUGAUUCUCUCAA